UGGUGUCACAGUCACUCAGUGUUUUGCUCCUCCACUUAACCUUUUCAGUCCCAGCAUCUCCUCGACCCGACAGACCGCCACCACAGCCAUGUGCCGGACCGCCAAAGCCAUGCUUCUCCUGGCUGCCGUUAUCUGCAUGACUGCAGCUCAACGUGAAAAACCAAAGAGUUGUCUUUGCCAAGAUGCCAAGAACACGCAUGUCCGAAAGUCGGACAUCAAAAACCUCACGAUAUAUCCAGCCUCUGCCUUCUGCAACAAAGUGGAGAUCAUGGUCUCCACAAAAUAUGGCUCCAAUGUCUGCCUGAACCUGGAGCCCGAUGCGAAACGACGUCUGCUUGAAAACUUGACAAGAAAAACUCGAUCCAGCAAAGCUCCUUCUGCAGUCGGCACCAGUUCAACUCCAAUCCCCACCAAGACAAGUGAAAAAGCCUAGAAAAGGACUAAGGAUGCCAUGUACAAGGGGUGUCCAAACUUGAUCCACUGAGGGCCGAACACUGGAAAAUCAAAGCAAGCUGGGGCCAUUUUGAUAUUUUUUAUUUUAAAAAACAAUACAAUAUAUGUAUAAAAAAUAUACAUUUCGGCCUCCACUCAGACUUGAUCCCGGGGACCCCAAAGGGUUUUGGUCAAAAAAAUAUAAAAAAUGUGUCAUUAUUCAGUAUUAUUAUUUUUAUUAUUAUUCACGUUUUAAAUCCCUAAAUCAACAUUAAGUCUAUCUGUCAAUAUAAUGAUUUAAGAUUUAAGUUGUAUGCUCUUUUUGUCACAAAAAAAAAAUCACAAAAUAUGCAAUAUUUUCAUCUAAUAUAUUUUUAAGUGGAAUAUUUGACAUUAUAUAAUAUUUGGAGCAUUAAAAAGGUCAAUAACUCAUAUUUUAAUUAUUAUUAUUUUUGGAGCAAUGACAUUAAAAAAAAAAAAAUCACACUAAAAUGAUUGGGGAUCCAAAAGGGUCCCACUCAUUAAAGUGUUAGAAAAUAAAUCAUAAAUUUUUUUUCUGUUUACUUUUAACACAAUAAUCUCGAGAUCAACUUCAGAUCUAUCCGUCAAUCAUAAGUUUUAUUGUUGUUUAUGUUUUUUGUUUGUUCAUUUUAGGCCCUUCUUUGAAAAAAACAGCUCAGUUUUUUAUAUGGCAAACACAAAAUAUGCAAACUUUCCCCCCCAAAAUAUCUCCAAGUGGAAUAUUUAAUGUGAGGUAAUUGGAGCCUUGAAUAGGUCAAUAAUUCAAAAUGACAUUGAUUUUGAUUCAUUAUUAUUUUUUGAAAGAAAGAAACAGCCUGCAUGGCAGCUUUGUGUUAUUAGAGUCAACAUUGCAACAAUUUCUUGUUACAUUUCACCUGUUUUCUCUUUUACAACACUUUUUAUGUUUUAACAUUUUUUUCUAUCUUAUAUUUAAAAUGUGCCGUGGGGGGCGUUAAAAAAUUACCUGCGGGUCGCACUUUGGACACCCCUGCCAUCCACAAAUGACAUGUUUAUGUAUUUAAAUGACUUGAUUAACAGUAUUUUUCUACCACUGCAUGUUCUUUAAUAUGUACAAAUGAUUAUGAAAUCCACCUGCACUUUUUUUGUAAUAAUAAAAAAGGGGGAAAACGA